ACCACCAUGUCCCUCUCAGGGCAGAACCCUGGGCUGUCCAGGCGGCUGUAUCCCCAGAGUGGGACACUGGGCAGAGACCAGGGCAUGUCUGCUUCCACUGGUGGAAGUGACCAUGGGCGAAGUGCCCUUGGCUUUGGAGGCAGCUAUGGGGGAGGUGUUUCUGCUGCUCCCAUGUUUAGUUCUAGUUCUGGCUUUGGUGGUAGCUCUGGAAGUCCCUUUGCAGGACUGGGCACUGCUUAUGGGGGAGGCCUGGGGGGUGGAUUUGGAGGCUGGGGGAUUGGAUUUGGACAAGGAGGGGGCUCUCUAGGUGUUCUCCCUGGCAACGGUGGCGGCAUUCUUUCUGGAUCAGAAAAGGAAACCAUGCAAAAUCUUAAUGCUAGAUUGGCUUCCUACCUGGACAAGGUUCAAGCUCUAGAAGAGGCUAAUGCUGGGCUAGAAAACAAAAUUCAAGAAUGGUACGAAACACGAGGAUCUAGGACUGAAGACCCUGGGUCACAGAGCAAUCACAGCAAAUAUUAUCCACUGAUUGAAGACCUCAGGAAUAAGAUCAUUUCUGCCAGGGUUGGAAAUGCCCGGCUCAUCUUGCAGAUCGACAAUGCACGGCUGGCUGCUGGCGACUUUAGAAUUAAGUACGAGACGGAGCUCGCCCUGCUCGUGAGCGUGGAGGCCCACACCAGCGGCCUGCGCAGGGAGCGGGACACGCUGACCCUGGCCAGGGCCGACCUGGAGAUGCAGUUCGAGAGCCUGAAGGAGGAGUUGGCCUACCUGAGGAAGAACCACGAGGAGGAGCACCGAAGCCUCCGGUGUGAUGGCCCAGGCCAGGUCAGGGUAGAAAUGGAUGCUGCCCCAGGAGUGGACCUCACCAGGCUUCUCAGCAACAUGAGGGCACAGUAUGAAGCCAUCGCUGAGCAGAGCCGGAAGGAAGCCUGGUUCAUUGAAAAGAGCCGAGAGCUCAAGAAGGAGAUCAGCACCAACACUGAGCAGCUUCAGGCCAGCAAGAGCGAGGUCACCGAUUUGAGACACGCCUUUCAAAACCUGGAGAUCGGGCUCCAGUCUCAGCUCGCCAAGAAGAAAUCCCUGGAGGACUCCUUGGCCCAAACCGAGGGCGACUACUGCGGCCAGCUGUCCCAGAUCCAACAGCUCCUCAGCAGCCUGGAGGGGCAACUGCUGCGGGUGCGCGCGGACACCCAGCGCCAGGACGCGGACCACCAGCGGCUGCUGAACGUCAAAGGCCGCCUGGAGCUGGAAAUUGAGACCUACCGCUGCCUGCUGGACAGGGAGACGCAAGGUGAUAAUCUGGAUGAAACUUCGUCGGUGACAGAUUCCAAGUCUCAAGCGCAGUCCACUGAUUCCUCUGACGAUGCUACUCAAACCUGCAAAAUGAAGACAAUUAUCCAGACAGCAGUGAGCGAUGAGAUGGUCUCAUCCCAAGUUCAGAAACUUGAAGAACUAACAUAA